GCUCCGUGCGCGCGCGCGUCGCGCGUGGCAGCCGUCGGUCCUCGAGGCGCGGGCGAAGACAAGAGCGGGCGCGCGGGUCAGACCUGGGCGAGCGAGCCGCAGAACGGACCGCGUGGUCCGCGGCGGGGUGCGCGCGGUCAGCUGAUGCCGGGAGGCUGCGCCGAUGUUCCUCCCGGUGAUCAUCGGAUGAUGAUGGAGAAGCAGCGCGCGGUGACUGCCGCGAGCCUGGCCCUGAGCGCGCUCUCGCUCGCCCUGCUGACCACCGCCAUCUUCACGGACCACUGGUACGAGACGGACACGGCGAGGCACCGCGCCAACUGCGAGCGCCACGGCGCCGAGUCCGGGGAGCCCCGGAGCCGCAACCGCCUCAUGCCCAUCUACCACCUGCCCCUGGUGGGGGGCGGCGGCGGCGGCGGCGGCAGCGGCGGCGGCUCGCGGCGCAGCCUCGCGCUCCUGCGCGCCGUGCACGUCGGCAGCCGCGAGGAGGAGCUGCUGGAGAACUGGCGCUCCAUCGUGGGCAUGGGGGUCCUGGAGACCGAGUGCGGGCGCCCGCUCUUCUCCACCCACGCGGGACUCUGGAGGAAGUGCUACUACCUGGGCGUGGACGAGGACAUCGACAGCCUCAUAGCCAAAGGUAUCGCCCAGCGAUGCACCCCCGUCAAGUACCACUUCUCGCAGCCCAUCCGGCUGAGGAACAUCCCGUUCAACCUGACCAGGACGAUCCAGCAGGACGAGUGGCACCUCCUGCAUCUGCGACGCAUCACGGCGGGAUUCCUGGGCAUGGCGGCCGCCGUUCUGCUGUGCGGCUGCAUCGUGGCCUCCGUCAGCUUCUUCUGGGAGGAGAGCCUCACUCAGCACGUGUCCGGCCUUCUCUUCCUCAUGGCAGGUAUCUUCUGCACCAUCUCCCUGUGCACCUACGCAGCCAGCGUCUCCUACGACCUGUCCCGAGUGCCGCCCUUCAUCUAUGGGCUCCCCGCCGACGUGGACCGCGGUUACAGCUGGUCCAUUUUCUGCGCGUGGGUCAGCCUGGGGCUCACGGUGGCGUCGGGCUGCCUGUGCACCACCUUCCCGUUCGUGAGCCGCGCCAAAGCCCUGCGCUCCAAGUCGGCCCGGGACUCGUCUGUCUGACGGGCCGCCCCUCCCCACGACCCCUUUCGUCACAUGACCGUGAGACGCUUCGGUGAGGUUGGGGUCACGAGCCUUUCGCCCCAGAUUUUGUAAAUCUGCUCCCAGCUGUUAAUCUGUGUCUCAAAGGGUGGCUCCGAGACCACUGAGGAACUGCGUGGUUCAGCUCUUGUUCUGAUGACGGUCCUGCGUUCGAAUCCCCCUCCCUCCCCCAUGGAAUUAUGGGUAUUAGUGUGUGAAAGACUGGUCAGCGAUGUGUUGGGUGAGGGUGUGUGAAGAGCCCCCCUUCAGGCCACUUCUUUAGGGAGUGUUCAUUCCUCUGUUGCUACACACGUGUGAGGAGCGCGAUGGUCGUUUCCAUGGAAACCCGGUCAAGAUGUUUUAAAAACUGUCACUGUGGUCAGUGCCUCGGGGAGCACAGACGUGACCGGGAGCAAACCCCGCUUGUUAGUGUGACCUCUCACCCCCCAUCCGGUCCGAGGCCAACAGCAAGGGACGAG